GUGUGGGUGUUGGAUUAUUUUGGCGGGGUGAAGACCGUCACUCCGGAGGAAUACUUCCAGGCAACGCCGCACAGGAAGCACCACUGACGGUCAGAGCCGCUGG